AUGGCCUGGUAUAUCUGGGGUGUUGUGGCCUUAGCUACGAGAGGCGUGGCGGACAGCACGGCCGAUCUAUCGACCGCCUGUGCGACAGCGCUUCAGGCGUCACUGGUUUGUGAUCCCUUCUUGACCUAUGUUAUGACCAGCAACUACUAUACAUCCGUUGGGAACACUACAAUCCAAGAUGAAUUUUGCAGCACAGCUUGUUCUAGUGAUCUGGCGAGCUAUCGUGAUGAUGUCGCGACGAGUUGUGCCAAUGAUCCGCAGCCCUUCUCUGGGUAUCCCGCGACAUAUUGGGCAGAUUGGGCUAUUUCUGCUUUUGACCAUGUCUGUAUGAAGGACGCAGAUACUGGAGAGUAUUGUGUGGAUGUCAUUGGGGGAUACUUCCAGAAUCAAACCGUUGAGUCGGACGGAACCAACCUCCCAACGGACCAAUUGUGCUCCAGCUGUGUGGUAGCUCUCUUCAGCUUAAUGCAGAGCACCCCUUAUUCAAACUAUGAUCCUACCUUGGCCAACGUAUGGAGUAACAUCCAGAGCCAAUGCUCCUUGAGUCAGCCAACUGCAGUGCCUGCGCUGGACACCAACUUGACGCAGCCUGGAGGAUUUGCACUACCCCGAUAUUCCACAUCUUCUGCGCUAUGUCUCUCUGGGAUCACAUAUACUGUAGUUAGUGGUGACAGCUGUGAAGCUCUCGCCGAGAAUUAUGGCGUAUCGACAGGCACACUUAUUGCGAUCAAUGAUCUCUAUGUUGACUGCACCAACUUAGGGAUUGGCCAGGUCCUUUGUAUCCCGCCCCAAUGCACCACAUAUAACGUGGAAAAUGGCGACACCUGUGACGCGAUUGCGAAUAACACCAGCACCAGCUUCCAGCAGCUUGUAGCAUGGAAUCCUUCUUUGGGUUCAUACUGCACCAAUCUGCUGUCUGGAGAGAAUAUCUGUGUCAGUCCUCCAGGCGGUGUCCAGAACCUAACCACCAUUGCGGGUGCCACCGCUACCCAGACGGGCAUCUAUGCAACAACCACUGCUUCUCGACCGAGUCCUGUUGCUACCGGAACGACACUUGACUGUGGAAAAUACUACCAGGUUCAAGCUGGAGAUAAUUGCCAGCUUAUCUCGCUCAAUCAGACCAUCUCCAUUGUUCUUCUGGAAGAGAUCAAUCCUGAUAUCGACUCAACAUGCUCAAAUCUCGAGCUUGGCGUCUACUACUGCAUCCUACCUACAAAGGACUGGAACGCAACCGUGACCUCUACAAUCGUCACGGCCCCAACCACGACCCCUGUCGGAACGACCUCUGAUUGCUAUCAAUACUAUGUGAUUCAAUCUGGCGAUUACUGCUCCCUCAUCGAAAGCGAAUUCGACAUCACCAUGGCCCAGCUCCAACUCUGGAAUCCAGCUCUCCUUUCCAAUUGCUCCAACCUCGCCCUUGGUGAAGCCUACUGCGUCAAUGGCGCCGAACAGGCUUCCCCCUCCAUUCCGGCCACUGUAUCGGUGACUGCUACGGCUGCGGCAAAAGAGAUAUCUCAUCCCCGGCUACUGCAGUGCCUCAAACAAUGGCGAGUUUCCAGGCUGGUGGUGUGCCGUAUGGGUGGCCUGGGUUACAGGCGCCGAAUCUGGCAAGGGCGUAUGCAGCGGCGACGCAAAAUGUAG